AUGCAAUACAAACCCAGUACAUUGGCGGCAAAUACACCCCCGGUGCUCCACCUCUACAUGUGCAGCCUCAACAACCCUUCUUCCUCAUCAACAUCCUCAACAACUCAUCUUCCUUAUCCACAGCCUCAACAACUCAUCCUCCUCAUGCACAGCCUCAACAACACAUCCUCCUCAUGCACAGCCUCAACAACUCAUCCUUCUCAUGCAGAGCUUCAACAACUCAUCUUCUUCAUGCACAGCCUCAACAACUCAUCAUUCUCAUGCACAGCCUCAACAACUCAUCCUUCUCAUCCACAGCCUCAACAACUCAUCCUCCUCAUGCACAGCCUGAACAACUCAUCCUUCUCAUGCACAGCCUCAACAACUCAUCCUCCUCAUGCACAGCCUCAACAACUCAUCCUUCUCAUCCACAUCCUCAACAAUACAUCUUCCUCAUGCACAGCCUCAACAACUCAUCUUCCUCAUGCACAGCCUAAACAACUCAUCCUUCUCAUGCACAGCCUCAACAACUCAUCCUUCUCAUCCACAGCCUCAACAACUGAUCUUCCUCAUGCACAGCCUCAACGACUCAUCUUCCUCAUGCACAGCCUCAACAACUCAUCUUCCUCAUCCACAGUCUCAACAACUCAUCUUCCUCAUACACAACCUGAACAACUCAUCUUCCUCAUGCACAGCCUCAACAACUCAUCUUCCUCAUCCACAGCCUCAACAACUCAUCCUCCUCAUGCACAUCCUGAACAACUCACCCUCCUCAUACACAGCCUGAACAACUCAUCCUCCUCAUCCACAGCCUCAACAACUCAUCCUCCUCAUCCACAGACUCAACAACUCAUCCUCCUCAUCCACAGCCUGAACAACUCAUCUUCCUCUUACACAGUCUGA